GGUGUUUGAUUGGCUGCGAAACAUCUUCAAAGGACUGGAGCACAUUAUAUAGCCUGAACAGAACAGAAGUCUAAGCAGUCAGAAGACGAUAAGCAGAAAAAACAUCUCACUGACAGAAGACAACAUGUCCACACAAAGACAGACAUUCCUAAGGAAGGUUCUCACCUUCACAGUGACAGUGCUGCUUCUGCUGGCCACAACAGGAACGUCUGAGGUGUUGAGUGAUGGCACGCUGACCACUGUGUCGCCCUCUUUCUUAAAUUCGUCUCUGACCGUCCAGACAGUCAACAGCACCACGGACCAAAGUAAGGUCCAGCUUUCAGUCAGGCCAUGUGGAGAUGAAAAUGAAAAAUACUGUUUAAACGAUGGCAAGUGCAUCUACCCCCAAGACAGCCGCCGACCUUCCUGCAUCUGCAUGCCUUCUCACAGCGGCCCACGCUGCGAGAUCUUCACCGAUUUGACUUACCGACCAUUAACAGUGGACAAGGUUAUUCCCAUCUUCUUUGGGUGUGUCAUGAUCUUCAUCAUUCUGGGUCUUGUAUUCUGCUGCAUUAUCAAAAAGAGAUGCAUAAAAUCAGCACCUCUGAUAAAAGCCGCUGAAUCAGAGACUUCGGUGUGACAUCAUGAACUCCUCUUCACGAUGUUUCUGCACGACUUGAACUGGAUUUUAUUUUAUUACUUAAAGCGAGGUUUUAAGUGUUUUUCAAACUUGAGAUACACAUAUUUUAAAAUAACAAUGUGAAUGCUGAAUUUUGUUAUGAACAGUUCCAUGAUAGUUCUGGCCUUGAAAGAAAUGA